UUGCUUCCUCUUUCUCUCUCUCUGUCUCUCUCCUGCAACAUAUGCCUGUAUCACUUUAUUCGCUUUAAAUGCGGAGUGUAGAUAAGCAGCAUAAUCGUCAUCGUGAGGACGAGCUGUAACACGCGUGGAGAAGGAUUCAUUACAAAACAAGACCCGCGCGUGCAGCACGUAAAGAUGGAAGCGAAUGCGACGGCUAAUCCGCAUCCGAAAAAAAUGCACAAUAAUUACGAGGAUGAGGAAGAGCGGAAGCACUUCCAAAGAAUCGUUGCCGCAUUCAAGUACUACAAACCACAUUCAUUGUCAAGGGUAAAAAAAUCGGAAUCCUAUCUUCUUACGCUGCCAACUCAUCAUCAAAAACUUUUGUCAAAGUAUAGAGAACAUCUCCAAGAAGUCAAGCGCUGCAUCGAGAACAAUGAUCACAUUAUAAAACUCAUAAUAAAAGAUGUAGCCCAUAUAUUUGAAAAUGUUCAUCCAGCAACUGCGCAAACUGAUAGUACAUUAAAUCCACGUCCUGUGAUGGUGGACCAAGAAAAAGUCCAAGCUACCAUUAAGCAAUUAGUACGAGAUUGGAGUGUAGAAGGUACUGAGGAACGAACGGCAUGCUAUCAACCUAUCAUAGAGGAAAUAUUGUGUCAAUUUCCAUUAGAUCAAUGUACGCCAUCGAAUGUACAUAUCUUAGUACCUGGUGCAGGCUUGGGCCGUCUUGCCUUUGAAAUCGCAAGGCGUGGUUAUACAUGUCAAGGAAAUGAGUUUUCUUUAUUCAUGCUUUUUGCAUCAAAUUUCGUACUGAACAAAUGUAGGGAUGUAAAUUUGUAUCAAGUACAUCCGUGGGUACAUCAGUACAUGAAUAACUUGAAACCGGACCAUCAGACACAGGCUGUUUCCUUCCCCGACGUGAGUCCUAGUGAUCUUCCAGGAACUGCGCAAUUCUCCAUGACCGCCGGUGACUUUUUAGAGGUUUAUACUGAAGACAAUCAUUGGGACUGUGUAGCGACGUGCUUCUUCAUCGACUGUGCCAAUAAUGUUGUACAAUUCAUUGAGACAAUUUAUAAAAUUUUGAAACCGGGUGGCGUAUGGAUAAACCUCGGACCGUUGCUGUAUCAUUUCAGCGAUUUGCCGAACGAAGAGUCGAUUGAACCGAGUUAUGACGCCAUUCGCGAAGUCAUUCUAGGUUUUGGCUUCCGAUUGGAAAAGGAAGAGACGCAAGUGAAAACGCGCUACGCCCAGAAUAUCAACAGCAUGUUACAAUGUGAAUAUAAUAGUGUGUAUUUCGUCUGUCGGAAGCUCCACCAACAUAUAGAUACUGUAAAUCAUAAUCAUAGAAAUUGCUCCGACAGUAACGGUGCACAGGAACAAGAGAACUAAAAGGAAAACGUCGUAUAUAUUUUAUUCACGAGGAAAAAAAUGUUGAACGCUAAAAAGUUGUUAUAUAUUUAAAUACACUCAACUUUCUCUAUUAUUAUUUAGUAAGUAAAAUCGUGUAAAGUUUGCGACUGCAUAAUAUGUAAGACAUUUUUACAUCCUUAUCUUUAUGAUCAAUUUGACCUUAAGAUUUAUUUCAUAUACCUGCCAGUAUAUAUGUAUACUCGAAUGAGUUCAUAUAUAGGGUCUAUUGUCAAAAAGACAGAAAACUAGUUGUUUUCUUUUUCUGUAUCGACUGAUAUCGUGUAUAGCAGAUAAAUUAUUUUCUGAAGUUGUAAUUCGUCUAAACUUGUAU